AUUUGUCAUUAUGGAUGCCAUCCUGUGUCGAGGAGUUGGUUUGACGCAAAUGGGCAUCUCCCAGCGAAUCGUUUAUAUCAAAAAUGAGAUCAUGGCCCCCAGACUAGAAGCGUUGAAGAACGGCACAAUUAAAAGCGACGGAGAAGCUUUUAAUCUGGACAUUGUUGACUGUAAGGAAAGCUACGAAGCGGAGAAAUUCCUGUCUGAAGAAUUUCGUGAUGUUCUGUUUAAAUAUCCGCUUCUCUCUAUUCUAUUCAUUCCCAAAGAUAAGGAUUACAUUUGCGGGACCUGUUUUGACGUCUUUCAAUGGAAAGAGAAUGACGUUUGCCAUGCUGUUUUCCGACUGAAAAUACCAGGAAGCCGCGCCACGGCGGAACUCGCCGAGUUGCAUUUAGUGAGUGGUGAAUCUGGCGAUGAUAUGGUGGAAAUUAAUUUCGCUUUGAUCAAACUGACGGACGAGAUUCGUGAGCUGAACGGCCGCAUCAUCGAUUGUCACUACGUCGAUAAUCAGUGCUGGGUCUUCAGCAAAUUGCGCGACGAUCGUAAAUAUCCAAACGUGAAACCCGUUAUUGAAAACAAGUUGAAAAAUUUUGAAAAUCCGGUGACGCGAUCUCGUUUGCUUUCAUCCCUGGAGAUGGUCAAAAGUCUUAAUUAUGUUUCGGAAGUGUCGUUGAAUGAUUUAAAUCAGGGGGUAUAGCUCAGUGCUGGCAGAGCAUCCGACUGCAGAUUGGGCUGUCCCCGGCUAGAAACCGGGUGCCCCCAGCUGUGUAUCAUUAUUAUCUGUGUU